GGUGGAUCCUGUCUGGCAGCUGCAGGGCGCAGAGCUCGAGGCGAGGGCUCCUUUCUCUUCCCGUGGCCAUGGAGCGGCUGACGUUGCCUCCCGGCGGCGCGGAGGCGGUAGAUGAGUACCUGGAGUACCAUAGGUUUUUAAAAGCUCAUUAAAAAUCAAGGGAGAAGAUUAUGCCGAUUGUAUAGCUGGCCUUGAACUCAAGGAGAUCUGUUUGCCUCUUCCUCCUGAACGCUGCUAUUAAAGAUGUGAACCACUACUGCCUGACUUUAGAAUUGUUGGUGAGGAUGAUGGAGGGAAACUUUUUACUCCCGAAGAGUAUGAAGAAUACAAGAAAAAAGUCUUACCCAUGCGUUUACAGAACAGAUUAUUUGUGAGCUGGCGGUCACCAACAGGAAUGGACUGUAAACUUGUCGGCCCAGAGACACUGUGUUUUUGUACACAUAGGUAUAAACAGCAUCAAACCGACUUUGAAACGAUUCCACAGGAGCGCCCCAUUGAUCUGCCUUGCCGAGUACCUGGAUGCAGGUGCAAGGCUUACCACUACGUGCCUCUGAAUGGUACCCAGCCCGUUCGCUGUAGGUGCAAGCACUUUGCUGACCAGCACAGUGCUGAGCCUGGCUUCGCAUGCAAUGCCUGCUCCAAGUGCUCAGGGUUCCACAGCUCCUUCACUUGUGGCUGCGGCCAACCAGCAUAUGCCCACGACACAGUGGUGGAGACACGGCAGGAAAGGUUGGAUCAGGGCAAACCAGUAGGACGCGACGUUCCUUACGCAGCAAUGGGAGGUUUAACUGGCUUCAGCUCACUGGCAGAAGGCUACAUGCGCCUCGAUGACAGUGGCAUUGGUGCACCUUCAGCUGAAGUUUUGGACUCUCCAGUUUUGGACAUUGAGCACCCAUUCAUAAGCACCAUGCAAAUGCCAUCUACUUCUUCUCUACAAACACUAACAGAUGUAGGUCCAAGCACUCAGAUUUCUUCCAUUAAGAACCCUGAAGAGGAUCAUGAGGCCUACUUUGAAACACGACACCAGGAAAAGAUAAAAGUGGAAAAAGUUGCUAAGCAGAAAGGAAAAGCUCUACCGUCACGAGGUAAAAAACAUUCUUGAAGUCUGUUGGACAAACUGAAGCCAGUAUCCUGAUGCAUUUAUUUAAGUUGAUUUUCUUUUACUCUGUGUACUUUCUUAUUGUAUAAAUAUAUCUUUUUGAAUUUUGCUUAGUUUACUGAAACAGGUGAAGUGAAAUUAUUUUUGUCAGAAUUCAUGGCUUAGCACUUUCUCUGCUUUUUAAAUAUAGUCUACGGUGUGGCCCAGGCUCACUUGGAAGCCACGGAACUCCUCCCUCAGCAUAUGUAUGCUUUUGCUCUCUGGUAGCGAGUUAUAUGUGUUAUUUUCAUAUGAUCAAAACUCUGAAAUCUCAGUAAAUAUUUUUAGUUUAUCAUUUAACUUUUGUAGGCUAUCUAAAAAAAUUAAGGAUAUUAUUAAAGGUUUUAAACAAA